UCUGGGAAAGCAGCGGCUGCCCGACAUGGGUCUCCGCCUGGGCUGUUUGCAGCCCCCGCCGCCGCCUGCAUCGGUUUGCGCUGCAAUUCCCCAGAUUGCAAGCCGCUCUCCCGCCCCUUGCAGCGGAAAUUGAGGGAAGGACCGGGUGGGGGGUGGCCGCUGCCGUAGCCUCCCUCAUGUGAGAGAAAAAGGGGAGUUACUCCCACCCUGCUCGGUCCCUACAACUCCCCCCCCCCCGCGCCCGCUUCCUUCUUCUUGCCCGCCCAGGCCCUACGCGGAGCCGCGGCGCGUCCCUCUUUUUCCGUUCCAAUGAUGGACAGGAACUACCCGGCGGCUCCGACUUUCCCCGACCCGCUGGCUUCGGUCGCCGCCGCUUCGUCCGCGCAGCCCGCUACCGCUUGGGCCUACGAGGGGGGCGCCAGCAGCAACAAGCCCAGUUUAAGCUAUGGAGGAGGACAUCCAUCACACUCAGAAGCAGAUCUUCACAGACAAACAUACACAACUUCUCAUCAGCUUCCUGCAUAUGCUACCACACCCCACCCAACUGGUCUUUCUGGAAUUUUCGACAGCACUGUGCACAGUGGCAGUAGCAACACUAAAGAAACCUCAGUAAUGAAUUUUCUUACUGCAAUUGAUUCCCGAAAUGCUCAGGCUGUUUCUUCAGGAACUACCCUAUUACCGCAGUUUAGGGGUUCAACAUGGCAGCCAGGUAUACAUUCUUCAACAGCAGCUGAGCUUUUUGUUACAGGAGCUUUGCCAGCCUCUGGAACAUUUCCAGCAGCAUCAGUUUAUCAGCACCCCACUGCUUAUAGCAGUAGAAACUUUGCUACAGUUCCUUCUCUAACUCUUCAAGAUGCAGCUUUCAGUGCAACAUCCAAUGGACUUCUAACUAACCAUGACUCUUUACUGCAAAUCAAAACAUCCCAAGGCACAAUUCCUACUGCACUGACAUUUGAACGUCUGGGCAAUUCUGUGUUAAGUACCAGCAUGCCACCACAGUCUUCAACAUACCGCUCUGCUCAAGAGUCUGCAGCACAUCUCUUGCAGCCACAGUUUAGUUUGUUGCCUUCAUCACUUGGAGGAGCUCAGCAGGCUCCACAGGUAUAUAGUUCAUCUCUGUUUACUGGUACCACUGCCUCCAUUGAAAGAGCACUACAGAGAGAAUGUAGUGUUAUAAAACACCAUCAGCGGCCUUCAAGCACACAGUCUGUUCAGGCACAACUGACUGGUUCACAGCAUUCCUUACACAACUAUUUAUCAAGCGCAAAUGUAACUGAUUUUUCAGAUACAUCCCAGCAGUCAUCCAUUUCUUGUAGCCCAGUUGGUGAUGCUACUCAGGUGAGCAAUGGUGGACCACAGCAGAAGACCUCUCAAGUUACAGUAGAACUUGCUCAGUCGUACACAUCUGCAAUUCCAUCACCUGGCUUCCCAUCUGUUUCCACUGCUGAGGCAAAACAGUGUUCUACAAAGGAACCACCAAGGGUAACAAAGACCCCCAACUCUCAAAGCAUAGUCCCCACUGUGCAGAUACAAAGCUACUCCAAAACUGCACAGAGCCAGAGUUCUGUAAUAGCAAGUCAAGCACAAAUCUAUUCUACAGCACACCUCCCUAGUCUCUUGUCAGUAAGCCAGUCACAAAAUUAUAUUUCAACUCCGUCACAGAAUAUACCAUCUAUUAGUCAUGCACAGGCAUUUCCAGCCAUUAAGAUUGAGAAGCUGCCACCUUUGUACAAAACUCUUCCUUUUUCUGGGCAAUCCCAAGCUAUUACUUCUGAUAGCCAGACACUAAGUUAUUCUGAUCAACAGGUAUUAAGUUCAGUUUCAAAUAACAACUACUCUGGGCAAACAAGGGAUCUUUCUUCAGGCAGUCAGUCUCAAAAUUAUUCUUCUAGUCAUUCUCAGGGUUUGACAACAGUCAGCCAAUCACAAAUUAGUUAUUCAUCUCAAUCACAAGAUUUGUCGGUAGUUAGUCCUUCAGAAACCUACACUACAGGCCCAUCUUUAACAUUAACAUCACAAUCUCUUCCAUUUUCAUCCUCAGCUCAUGUCCAAAAUUUAUCAUCUUCUAGCCCUCCCCAUAGCUAUAUUUCUCUACAUUCUCAGGCACAAGAGUCAUCAUCUCCACAGUCUCAGAAGUUUUUGGCUGUGGUCCAGACAACUCCUUUUGCAAUGCCAGCUCAGUCACAAUCACUGCAAAACAGAUCUUCCUCUAAUGCAAAAUCAUACAUGAAAAGGAAAUCUGAUCCUAAUUUGUAUCAAGCAUCGAAGCAAGAUGAUCAUUUCCAAAUGCAAGAUUUGCAGGUAUUGCAGCAACAAACAUCUCUUGAUUCUACCACUCAAAGAAUAACUGAUGGUGAAUCUGAUGCUCAGGGUGCCACUUACAAAGUUUCCAAAGUAGAUAAUCCUUAUUCUCAAAGUGUCAUCAGGAGUAACUCUCGCCUUGAAGAACAAGUUGUUGGGCUUACUCUUCACAGGUUGAAAAAAGAUGAGAGAAUGAUUAGCUCUGUGAGUCAGCUUACCCAACAGAUUGGCCAUAUCUCAAAUGUAACCCAUGAUGUUAAAAAGGGAGCUAAUUUAAUGCAGACAACUCAAGUAAAUGUGGAUGCUAAAGAACUAAACCAGCAACAUUCUCUUCUGCAUAAGGUACAUGAAGUUAAAGCCUCGGAACAGCAAGGCCAAAUAGUUAGCACCCCACCCCACCUUCAUACACAAGCCAUAAGGCAUGGCCAUCAACUCUGUUUGUCUGGUGCACAAGUUCUUCUAGAAUCAGCCUGUGACUUACAAAUGCUUCAGCCAUCAAUACUGCAAUCUGGCUUAGGUACCACAAAAAUAUCUCCACAAGUACAGGCCAUUCAGAGUCCUCAGCAGGUUACUCAUCAGUUUCUUCAGGUGGAUAGUCACAUGGCUCAGAGUAAUGGACGACAUUCACAGCAGCAGCUUCAUCCUCAAAGUGCUGAAAUUAUCUCUGAACCCACCAAGCCACUACAGCAGCACUUUACAUCAAAAGAUCAUUUUGUGCAGCCAAAUCAUGAACCUAAGAAUCAGUUUGUUUCCCUUAGUACUGUAUGUUUUCCAGAGUCUAUGCUUCUCAAUGAUGACAGAAAUAUACUGUCUAAUGUAGAUGAUAUUUUGGCAGCAACUGCUGCUGCUUGUGGUGUAACUCCAACAGAAUUUGCCAAAGUAUCACCUAAUGAAGAAGAAAUUCAGUCAAUUGAAAGUGGAGACAAUUCUAAAUCUCAAUUCCAGACAGUAGAUGCCAGGCAUGUGACACCUAACUUCAGCUCCACACCAACAGUUGUUGGAAAGCCAUUGAGCAUAAAUAACAUUUCUUUAAAUGGAGGACAGGUUACCCUGAGCCUCACAGCAGUGUCUACAAUGCAGCCAAACAAUUUGAGCCUUGACCAGCAACACAUAGAAACUCCAGAUCAGAGCAUUCCUACAAGACUUGCCACAUCAGAGCUUGAACAGAGGCCGGAGCAGGUUUCUGGCCUAGUUAAACACCAGUCAAGCAACAGUAAUGACUCUGAGGGGAAAAAUCUUGAUAGUACUUUAAAUGUAAAAGAUUCAGAGCUUGUUUCAAGUGGUAGGACUUUGAACAAAGAGAGAGUCAUAUCAAAUAAUAAUUUUAACAUAGAAAGUGACAACACUGUGAUAGGAAACAGCACUAAGAUUCCAUUUCAACCAAUACUAUCUAUGCAACAACCAGGAGAUGAAAAUGGUAGUAAAACACAAGAGGAGAGGCAAGAUAUAUUGCAAGAGGACCUUCAGAGGCAAAAAGACAAAGGACACAGUAAAACUAGAUGUGUCAAUGAAGAUGACACAAAUCCGAAGCAACAGAAGCGAACUGGGCAAUGCAGACCUCAGAAUUCAAGAGGAGCUGAUGCCAGCUUGCAGUAUUCAUCUCCUGUUGCUGAAAGCUGCUAUGAAACCUACCAACAUCAAGAAAAAAUGAGGCAGAAAAUCAAAGAAGUGGAAGAAAAACAACCGGAGGUCAAAACAGGAUUCAUUGGCUCUUUUUUAGAUUUCUUGAAGUCUGGAGCCAGGCAACAGUUUUCAGCUCCUGCUAUACGUAUGCCUAAUCGAAUGAGGAGGCCUGUUGCCCCAGUCAUUAGAGCACCUUGCACACAUUUCCUUUCAAAGCCUCAGAUGGCAGCACAUUCUGCGUCUCUUGAAAACGGUUGUGAAAAUUCAAACAAAAAGGGUAACAAGGAACCUAAAAGAAAUUCUGAAGCAUUGCCUUCAUUUUCUUCUGAUGAAGAUUCUGUAGGCGCUAACCAAGAUCUUCAAAAAAGUAUCACAUCUGCAUUAUCGACUUUAGAUGAUACUUCUGAGAAAAAGAAGAAAAUAGAAAUGGAAACAACUGUGUCCAGUUCCAUGACCAACACUGUUAUAAAGAAGGAAUCUUCUCAAAUAGCUCCUUCUGUGGCACAUGCUCCAAUGAAAACCUGUUUUGUACAACCUGAAGAGGAGGGUGUUGAAUCAGGCCAGCUAGCAAAGCCUCAGGUAGCUGCUGCAAUAGAGGGAUGUACUGAGGAAGAGAAUGGGGAAAGUGGAGGCGAGGGCAUGUACAGAGAUCGUGAUGAAUUUGUAGUGAAGAUUGAAGAUAUAGAUGCACUGCAGGUUACUUUAAAAACAGGAAGAGAGCCUCCAGCCAUCUGGAAAGUCCAAAAAGCAUUGUUGCAAAAGUUUGUUCCUGAAGUAAGAAACGGACAGAGGGAAUUUACAGCUACUAACAGUUAUCUUGGGUAUUUUGGGGAUGCAAAAUCAAAGUAUAAACGGGUGUAUGUGAAGAUCUUAGAAAACAGUAACAAGAAAGAAUGUGUCAGAAUUUGUUCCAAGAGACCAAGAAAUAAACCUUUGCAGUCUCCAAGGACUGUUCAUUGUAGGCCAAGUACUAGCAUCAGCAAAGUUCCAGAUACUGCAGCACCAAAACCAGCGACUGUAACAACGAAAGUUUCUUCACUGAAACCCAAAGCUAAACAGCCAAAGACAAAGGCCGAACCACCGCCAAAGAAACGGAAAACGUGGAAAGAAGAGUUCCCCUCUUCUCCUCAGCGCCAGAGUGAUGAGGAUGACACUGCAUCCACAACUCCCUUUGUUGCUCGCUUUUUGAACACCAGAGCUAUGAAGGAAACUUUUAGGAGUUAUAUGGAAUUACUUGUUAGCAUGGCUCUGGACCCAGAUACAAUGCAAGCACUGGAGAAGAGUAAUGAUGAGCUACUUUUGCCUCACAUGAGAAAAAUUGACAGUAUGUUAAAUGAAAACAGGAAAAGGCUGCUCUCCAAAUUACACUUGGAGCGUUCUUUCAAGGCCGCUUUGGAAAGCUUUCCUGAACUAACAGUAAUCCAUCGUGAUUCUAAAACAAAAAGUGGGAUGAGUGCAGUUUCAAGAAUCAAGAUGAAUGGAAAAGCUUAUAACAAGAAAACUCUGAAGAUUUCUAAAGCAACCACUAAAUUAGCACAGGAGUUUGCUGUAGAUCCAGAAAAAAUACCAUUGUGUUCUUUGUAUCACUCACUCCAUCACUACAAAUAUCAUAUGUUUCUGAGAUGCAAAGUUGAGAUUUCUUCUGUUCAAAAAAAGAAUGCAGAUCUAGGCCAGGAGGAGAUUGUACAGUACUGCAUGAAAAAUAUGAAAUGGGUAGAAGAUCUCUUUGAGAAGUUUGGUGAACUUCUGAAUCAUGUACAGCAGAAAUGUUCAUAACAAACUUUGUCCCAAAUCUUAUGUUUUCCUACAACAUUCAUGACAAUAAACCUGAACACUCAAAGAAGCUCUGGUUAAUCAUGCCAGACUCUAUUUUAGGUCAGUGGAAUUUGUGGUGUUUUUGCUUUUUUGGCUUAUAAGGAAAAAUUAUGUUGCCAUGCAAAUAGAACUACAAACGAACCUCACUUCAUUUUUAACCUGAAGAAUGAUUUUUGUAUUUUGUAAACUCUUGUAUUGAAAUAACUUAGGUUUAUUUUUGACAAGAUGAUCAAAGCAUGCACUAUAUAUAUAUAUUUUGGCUAUGGAAAGCAUCACUUUAAAAUAUCAUGCCUUUUUCUGACUCUGAAUAUUAGAAAGAGUCUGGAUAGGUGAACUAAUAUUUACAUUUGACUGACUUAUUAAGUAGAUCAUGUACAUUUUGUAAACAGAGUUAGCGUGAUAAGAAAUUCUGUAUAUGAAAAAUCGCCAUAAAAAUGAAAUUCUUGUUCUAUGACUCCUUUUUACUGCUGUUUAUGUUCAGGAGACUGAACGUGGAGUUGGUGCAAUUCUAGGACUGACAUUUUGUGUCAAAUUAUAUUGUAAUGAAAACAAUGGACUAUUUUUUCUGUUUCUUUUUUUUGAAGAAAAACAUUUUUUAUUCUGUACUUUUUUCCUUUGGAAAGAAAUUAAGUGUACAUUUUAUCUCACUAAUAGUUGUAUUUUUCACAGAGAAAAUAUUGUGACAACUGUUUCAUGUAUCUUUGUACUACUUUCUAUUGUUUUAGUAAAUCUUGUUUAUUUUAUAUGUUAAUUUCAUAUUGUUAACUAUAAAUCUUGAGAUAAACAUUUUGUUUAUACAAGUUUUCUUCAGUGUUAACCAGGAAUAAAAUGUACGAGACUUUAUAAGUUUGUUCUGUAAGUGUAAUUGUGUUUAGACACUGCAUUUAUUUUCUGAUACAUGAAAAUAAAUUUCUUAGUAAAAUUGGAUGAUUGAGAAUUUAAGUGAAGAACUACUACACCUAUCUUCUAGACAACAAAGAUUGAUGCAGUGUUAAAACACAGCAGGCAUAGUUUUGCUUUAGAACUGGUAAUGGCAGAUCUGUUUGUUUCUUGGUGCCUUUAAAAUCCUCAGACAUUUUGUAGUUUUCUGAGUUAUUUUUAUUCACUAUGGGUAGUAGGUCACACCUAGAUGACAGAUGUGUGAAUCUCAAAUAAAUAGGAAAUUUUCUUUAUUAGCCAACAGAAUGCCUUACCUCAGCCACUGAGUCCUCUGCUUGGAUUUGUAAAAAGACUGGAUGUAUCUUCAUCAAAUAAUUUAUAAAAAAUAAUUGAUUUGUCCUUUCAAUGCCACUUAGUGCCUUAAUUUCAGCCAAGAAAGCAGAAUUCCUUGUUCACUAACCAACCAGGAUAUUCUUAUAUGUAGCAUGGUGUAUUUUCCUUAGUUGAAAAUAUAUUCAUUGCACCUUAGAUUUGUAAAGUAUGAUGAAGGGCUGUGUUAAUGAGCAAUUAAACUAGGAUUUCAAAAUAUCAAAGGACAACAUUUUGAUCUCUACUUUCAGUUGUUUUAUCUGGAUACAGUACCCUUUUCUUCAGUUUUGGGGGGUAGCAAGAUGCAAAAAUUGAAAAUUUGGUAAAUUAUUUUAUUGACAUUUGAAAAAAUGUUCAUGUGUCUUGAAGGUUCUUUAUACUGCACUUGCCUUGGAUAAGCCAGGUUCUAUUACUGGAACUAAGGAUAUGUUGUACCUCAAGUGGUCCUAUAGAAGAAUUUAACUGACUGUAGGUUUACAGAAUUAAGGCUGCAUUUUAAUCCUCUAUCUGUAAUUAUGUCUUUUUACAUUUUAUUGGUGAGAUACAAGUCAGCCGGCAAGGAAGAACCCUGUAUUGCUGAAUCUUAUCUGAAACCUCAGCAUACGUAUGUUCUCAAGAAAAAGAGGGUGUAGUAGAGAUGCAGAGUUGUCAUUCUUUCUGCCUUUAAAAAAUCAGGAUUUGCAGAUGAACCAACCACUUGAUGGUUCACAGCUGUUAACAAAAAAGUUCUACAACCAGUUAAUUAUACCGUACAAUGCAGGGUAAUAUAUAAAGAUGUACUUUAAUGGAACAAAUGAAUGCUUGAUGUGUGACUGGCUCAUUAAUUAUAAAAUAAGGUAGAAUUUGAUCACUGUGGACCCUUCAGUACAGGGUAGUCAAACACAAGUUCUCUUAGAUUUUUCAGAUGUUUUUCUGCUUUUGUAACCAGCUUUUAGAGGUAACACAUCUCAUGCAAAUCUUCAUUUUUUAUUGUUGCAAGUUAUUCUGAAUAAAGUGCUAGGCAUUGCUCUGUGCCAUACAUAAAAUACAGCUUCAAGUUUUCUGUUCUAUUCUGGGUAUGGGAUUAUUAAGAGAAUGAUGCCCAGGUGAUGUUUCAGCACUGUAGAAGAAUGCAAAGGACUAUUCUGUCUUUUCUUAAGCCACCAUGUUUUAAACUUCCUAUUCUCAGGAAUCUUCUUUCACAUUUGCCGUAGAAAUGUCUCACUUCUGCUAAGGGGCCAAGUCCGAAAAAGGAUUCUGGCAUCUCUUCUAGGGUGCCCAUCAAUUAACACAGAUCCUGUUGGGCCUCAUCAUUCCUGCAAAUGAAGUGAGAUUACUUCCUAAGGCAUAUCCAACAUUUAUUUGUGGCUGAGCAUUACAUGGCAAGAUCUAUGGCAGAAGGAAAGAACAAUUGUUCAUCGUCAUGGAUUCAUUUGCUGAAAAGCUCCUAGGGAAGUAACGGUGCUAGACAGACAGCAUUUGUCUUUUGUUUGGCAGAGUUCAAAAUGCAGGUUUUUUUCAGGAAAAAGAAAUGACACAUAAACCAAAACAUAAAGAUUUUAAGUUUCUCCUACUAAAAUUACAGGAAGAAAUGAAAGCUUAUAAUCAAAUUAACAGGGUUACUGAGGAGAUGAGUAACAGCAAUGUUACCUAAGAAAUAGCUGAUUACUGACUACCAGAAAACACACUAUACAAUACAGAAGUACUAAAUAAGUUAGCCAAUAAAUAAACCAUUUUAGAUCAGUGUUUUCUGUUUUCUUUUUUCCAAGAAAAAUGUGUGCUAAAGAGCCUUUGAAGAAUACUUAACAUCUUCAAGUGAUUGGUAUUACAUAGGAUUUCUAGAGUACAUGUAAGAUCUGAAAUCACUGGGUCUUGAUUCCAUUUUAAUGUACAUGAGGUUGGAGCCGUCAUUGCACAUGCAAGAUUUGCUCAUAUCCUUGCAUUUGCACAGUAUCAUUUUUGAGAUAAUAGAUUUGGUUGCAGCUACAGAGGUGUGUUUUAAUGUAUUUAGAAUGCAGUAUCCAUGAGGUAUAAGUUGAAAUCAUUUACAUUUUCUAAAAUUUACAUUCCAACAAGUUUGUUUGUGAUCUGUAAAGCAAAUUUCUAAAAUCAUGUACUCUCACCUUUCCCUUCAAGUUUCAUGUACCAUCAGCGAUACAACUGUAUUGUUCAGCUUUCUUUGCCUGGAUGUUGCAUCAUUUUCCUCUACUGCUUUAAGUAAUAUAUUACGAACCCAACCAGUCUUCCAAUAAACAGUCUUCAUAGAGGAAAUAUAUUUUAAAUAUUUAAGGUUUUACUACUAUUUAAAGUAAUUUAAAAAUGAACAUGCCAAAACUGUAGGAAAUUGCAGAUAUCUGUGUAUAGUUCAAAUUCUGCUGAUCACAAUUUGUUUGGCUUUAUAUGCUAACAGCUUUUAUAUAUUACACAACGCACAUCCGUAUAUAUUUUACUACUUAAGUUAAUGUUCACAUCAUUCACAAAUGCAUGGUCAUACGUAUCUCUUUUAUGUAAUGCAAAACUUUAGGCUAGGACUAAUAAGUUACCUUCUGCUUUUUAGUCCAAUUUUCAGGUGGUCCAUGAUCAUGUAUAGUUAUAAAAAGUCAUGAUUUUUGUAAUGUUGAUUUGAUGUUACUAAACACAUUAAAGUGAAACAUUUUUAUAAAA